AUGAAUCUGCAGCCAGAGAAAGGGGAAACUUUAGUUCAUUCCCUGUUUGCUGGUGACUUUCUUGUCAUAGAGAGUGCAGAAGGAGGAAGAGUGAUUGUAGAAGUUGACGGCAAAGUGGCAAAAGUCAGAAAUAUAAAGGUUGACAGUAGGCUUAAUGGCACUUGGGACUCUAGAGAAAGGACUGUGGCCUUCAGCUUUGAUUACUGCUACUGGUCAGUUGAUCCCGAAGAUCCAAACUAUGCAUCUCAGGAAAUGUUGUUCCAGGACCUUGGCACGUCUGUGUUGUCAGGUGCCUUUAAAGGAUACAACAUCUGCCUCUUUGCAUAUGGACAGACAGGUUCAGGAAAAACUUACACAAUGAUGGGAACACCUGCAUCCAUUGGGCUGACACCUCGUAUAUGUGAGGGUCUCUUUUCAAGGAAGGAUGAUUACUCAGACCAAACAGCAUCUUGCAGAGUAAAGGUCAGUUUUCUUGAAAUCUAUAACGAGCGUGUCCGAGACUUGUUGAAACAAUCAGACCGGAAGAAACCUCGCACACUUCGAGUCCGAGAACACCCUGAAACAGGACCAUAUGUUCAAGGAUUGACUCAACAUUUAGUUACGGACUACAAGCAAGUUGUAGAACUUCUAGAAGAAGGAAUAGCUAAAAGAAUCACAGCAGCUACACAUAUUCACAAUGCUAGCAGCAGAUCCCAUGCUAUCUUCACCAUCCACUAUACUCAGGCUAUAUUGGAAAACACUCUCCCUUCUGAAAUUGCAAGCAAGAUCAACUUGGUGGACCUUGCAGGCAGUGAGAGAGCUGAUCCCAGUUACUGCAAAGAUCGAAUUACUGAAGGUGCCAAUAUUAACAAGUCAUUAGUUACACUUGGAAUUGUCAUCUCCACUUUAGCACAAAAUUCACAGAUGUUCAGCAGCUGCCAGAGCAUAAACACCAUAACAAGUGAAGGGGAGAGCAGCCACGCGGAUGCUCCUUCCACCGGCAGCACCAGCGGGACCAGGCGACCGGCUUACAUCCCGUACCGGGACUCCAUCCUCACCUGGCUGCUGAAGGACAGUCUGGGGGGCAACUCCAAAACCAUUAUGAUUGCCACUAUCUCUCCUGCCAGCUCCAGCUACAAUGAGACCAUGAGUACCUUGAGAUAUGCUUCAAAUGCCAAAAAUAUUAUUAAUAAGCCCAGAGUGAAUGAGGAUGCAAAUGUAAAACUGAUCAGAGAACUGCGAGAAGAAAUUGACAGGUUGAAAACUAUGCUGAUGAGCUUUGAACUGAGGAAUUCCAGCCCUUCUUGGAGUGAUGACAGGGACGGAAAUCUGACUGAGCUGGUUCUUCAGAAUGAAAUGAAGAUUGAGCAAUUGACCAAAGACUGGACAAGUAAGUGGACAGACAGGAAGGCCAUCAUGGAAGAAUACAGUGUGGACAUCAACAAAGAAAAAGCUGGAGUAACAAUAGAUUCUAAUUUACCUCAUCUAAUGGCCAUGGAUGAUGAUAUCCUCAGCACAGGAGUGGUGCUAUAUCAUCUCAGGGAAGGAACAACCAAAAUUGGAAGAAUUGAUUCAGACCAAGAUCAAGAUAUUGUUUUGCAGGGACGAUGGAUUGAGCGGGAUCACUGUAUGAUAGACAACAACUGUGGGAUUGUGACACUGCGACCCGUCCAGGGUGCGCACUGCACAGUGAAUGGAUGUGAAGUCACUGGAUCAUGUCGUCUGUCACAAGGGGCCCUUGUUGUUCUUGGCAAGUCUCAUAAGUUUAGAUUCAAUCACCCAGCAGAAGCUGCUCUCUUAAGACAAAGAAGAUCAAUCAGUGAAAUCCCACCCAUUCUGAGUUGUGGAGCUUUGGACUGGCUCAAUUUGGAUGGAAGUUGCACCCAUUCUCCUCACUAUAUCCUUUCUUAUCUUGACAAUCAAAAAUGUAGCAACUGUAAAGAAAAAAGAAAUUCUACUGAACUAAGCAGAGAAGUAGAUGCUGUGCAUGAAGAGUACAAGCAGAAACUGAGAGAUCAGGAAGCUUUCCACAGAAAACAGAUUCAACGGCAGCAGCUCUAUGUUGAGGAUUUAAAGCAGCAGAUCCUGAGAGGACAGAUCAAAGCAGAGCGGGAGCUAGAAAAUGACCAAGCACUAAUCAACCAGCAGAUCCAAGAAAACCAACAGUGGCUUAUAAAUGAGAAUAAACGACUGGCUGCCCUUCAGCAACAGCAGAGGGAGUUCGCAGUGCAAACAGAGCCUGCACUGUAUGCAGAGGCUGAGGUGCAGAGUAGCAUUGGGCUGGAAAUCUGCCCUUCCCUCCUACAGCAGAACAAGAAGAAACUGGUGCAGCUGGAGCUCUUGCGAAGAUACUCCUUAAAAAAGGCAGAAAGGAACAUAAGACGGAAAAAAGUCAAAUUCCAGCUGGAAAGGAUAGUCAAGAAGCAGAAGUUAUUGGAAGCCAAGCAAAACCUAGAGCAGCUGGAAGCCACCUGUUGCCUCGGUGAAGAGUGUGUGAAACAAUCCCAAGUCCUAAAUGAAAAUACUGCUGUACAUUCCUCUUCGGAUCACCAGUUGCAAAAGAGAAGGAGUUCACUGGGUUCGAGUUCCUUGCACCAAAGGCAACAUUCAUUCUGCAACCUGCAUCUGCCCCAGGUACCCAGCUGUUUGUUGAAAAGGGAGACUUUCUCAAAGUUAUCUACCUCACUAAAUACAGAUCAGUGCUGUGAAGGCAACACACCAAGGAGGUUGUCAUCUGAAGAAUAUCUUUACAAAGAAGAUAAAGACACUUCUGGGAGUGAUGAGCUUAAUGAUGAAAAGGGGAUCUCCUUUUCAGUCCAGAGGCAGCUAACUGGAAAACAAAAACCUUCUUCAUUUGUAAAUAAAAAAAGAGCAGGAAAAGAUUCUCAUGAUUCAGCUACCAUGGCUUAUAUCAGUAAAAAUGAUAAAAAAAUUGAAAAGUUGGAUGACGGCUCAGGGGGAGCUGGAUCUCCAAAACAGACCUCUAAAGGCUCCUCUCCUGAUAUUUUUAGGAGGACAAAUGAGCCUGAAACUUUUAUCACAGGGACAAGAAUGACAAAAGCAAAGGUGCUAGGAGAUUUAAGUCAGCCCGCAAAUAGCAAUCUAGAACAAAACAGAACUCAGGUAUCCAGUAAAAAGACUAGAAUGGAUAUGAAUGGAAAAGGCCACAGGUCUUCUCCAGAAACCUUUCCUAAACAAAUGAAGAAAACAGUGUAUGGAAACCCACCAUCAGUCCAUCUAAACCAAACAGCCAAGAAUUGGAAGACGGAGACAAACUCAGCUGUGCCAAGUCAUGAGAAAUCAUCAAUGGGACAUCAGGAAUUUCUCAUGGUGGCAACAUCAGUUGGAAAUCUCACUAAGAUAAGCACACAGACACCACUUUCUUAUGUUGAAAAGAGGUGGCACAGUGUUGAGAUGCUAAGUGCUGGAGUGUCGAAAGCAGCCGCAGAUACGCUGGGGAACUGGCAAGAGGAUGACGAAAAUGAGAUUUCUGAUACUGACAGUUCCUAUUCUGUAGAUUCUCUCUCCUGUGCUUAUGCAAAAGCUUUCACAGAGAAACUGAAACAAGAAGAGUUUGACAGAAAUAAAUGUCUUGCCAACCCAGAAGAUUCUGAGAGUGAUGACAGUCAAAUGUCACAGGACUCUCUGAUAGAAAAGGAAAAUCAAGCCAAACAGCAAAAUAAAACCCGAUUUCACAGGUCAAAGGCUCACCAUGACCCAGCUAAGCUUUACAAAAGCAGAACUGAUCACCACAUCUCAUCUUUGGUGACAUCAUAUACAUCUCAAAGGAGACUGGGAAAGCCUGAAAGAAGCUUUUCUCUGGACAGCUUAGCUGAUGGAGAAGAGAUGCCAGCAGAAGAUCUGAUAGAAGAAUCCAAAUCUGAUUCAUCUGAUGAAGUGCCAGCAGAGAUUUAUUGGAAGUUGCAAACUUCCAGAUCACCAGCUAUACAGACUGAGGAAGACCAUGAGUCCAAGAUCUGUGACAGAGAUACAGAAGGGACAGAUUAUGAUCUAAAUCCAAGCAGUUCCUUUUAUUUGGACACUGAACCACAGCCUGCUUCCAGUAGUGCUUGCAAGCAGCUGCUGAAUGAGACAAAAGUCUCUUUUGUUGAACAAGAAAGGUCUCCUGAUAGAACACUGUAUUACACAAGUGGAACUCCUUUGCUUACUAAUGAUGCUUGGUCUUCCUGUGACUCAAAGGUUGACGUCAGCAGCCCCAGAACAACAGCACCUUCUUCCCAUGGAAAUUUGGAGUUUCAAGAAGCUCAUCUGUGCUCUUCAAGCAAACCAGAGCAUUGGCUGAAGAAAGAUGAUCUAAAGCAGUCAGCAGCUGAGGUUUCUUUUGUUUCAGGCUCUAAGCAAAUACACAGCAUUACUCAUUUAUCACAUGGCAUAAAUGAAAUACACACAGUCUUCUCCUCUGACACAUCAGAAUUACCUUUACCUGAAACGACAACAACGGCAAGCAGAGGUUCUGAGAGUGGAUCAUUAAAUAAGAUUCUUAAGGGAUGGACAAACUCUAAUGAAAAUUCUUCCUUGGAAUCUCAAGGUGUAAUGUCCUCAUUUGUUAGCUUGGUAGGACCAAGCUCCUCAUUUGUUCCUAUUUCAGCAAAGCAUGAUUAUUAUGAACAAUCAAGGUCAACUCAUCCUGAACAAGAACAACAGAACGAAUUAUCUACUCAUAGGCCUACCACUGAAUGCACACAAACACUCUGCUCUUUGGAAGGUGCCUCCACUCCAGACUGCUUGUCACUGGCAUCUAGGAAAGGGGAGGAUACUCACCCCACAGCUCAUCAAGAGCUGACAAAAAUUCCUUUUAUCUCUGCUUUGCCAGUGCACAUCUUGGAGCAAAGAAAUGACUGUGUAGAUGCACAUUUAGAAGAUGAUAUCUUCAGAAGUUUUGAAAAAGAUGAGCUAGAUGAUGACUACAAUAAUUUGAUGAGAAAUUUAGGUAUAACAGAUUCAGGCAGUAGAAGUGCAUCUGUCACUGCACCUGCUGCUGAAUCUGCUACAGGUCUUGCUCAUAAUAUAGUGUCAACUCAGAUGUCUGAAGUAAACCAAGUCCAAUUUGGAAACCAUGGGCAGCUUUUUCCAGGCAGGGAAAUACCAACAUGUUGUGAUGAAGGUUUCUUUCUCAGUGACUUAGCAAAUAAGAACUGCUCUCUAGUAAGCAGUUAUGAGCUUCAGCCACUGGCUGGACAAGGACCAGAAUCAGCUGUUACAGUAGGUCUCCUCAGAUCUCUGGUAGGUAAUGUGGAAACAAUGCAAGAAACAGAUUCUGGACAAAUAGCUGCAGAAGAAGUAACAACAGAGACAGAUUUUUCCUCACAGAAGACAACAUAUCACUGUAAUCCUUUAGUUGUUGCUCACAGUGCAAAUUACAAUCAGUCUGCAACACCAAUAGAAAUGUCUCAAAAAGAGAUUAUUUGUAUGGAAACAAGCACAGAUAGCUUGGCAGAGGUUGAGCCAGAGGUGCCUCAAUUCAGAGACAAUGAAGAAUAUGAACCAAAGGAAGAAGACUUGUCUUCACUUAAUCAUUAUGAAUUCAAAAGCAAACCUGCUUCAAAAAAUUGUCCCCAUGAAUGUGCUCCAGCAGACAGUCAGGGAAGUUGCUUAUCCCUACAGAUUUCAGAAAAUUCUACAUUAUGCAGUGAUAACAUAAGAGAAGAAAGCAGUGAAAACAAAGACCACAAUGCCUUGAAUUCCCAGGCUGUAGUUCAGAAAGAAUUUUCAUCCAAAUAUGAAAACUUGGUCGUAAAUGAAGUAAGUUAUCUCAUCGUGAAUGUAAAUGGGAAAGACACUGAGUCCUUCCCUGCAGCUAUUUGUGAGAGUACAAAUGAUUUUUUCCCAGAAUCCAAUUCAAGCAUAUUUUACCAAGGCUCAACAACAACUAAUCUUUUUCAAAGUGCAUCUGAGACUGAAAAUAAACUAUUGGAGCAUUUGAAAGUAGUGAAAGGAGAUUGCAAUGUUACAUCUAAUCUCUCUGUGGAGGAAGUCAGUGCUACAGAAAGUCGUUCUGAUGUACAUUCAAGCAGCCUUUGCACAACAUGUUCUUCAAAAUCAACAAGGCAGAAAAACAAUAUACAUAAGAUGGCUGAUAUUUCUGGUGAAUUUGAUGCAACCAUUCUCUUGGAAACAGUGACACAGAACAAAUCUUUACUUGAAUCAAGAGAAGAGAAAGAAAUCUUUGAAGGUGAUUGCCCAGAGAAGAUUUUGCUUGUUGAAGAUGAUGUAAAAUCAGAGUUGGGAAGAGUAUUUGAAUACAACACAAAUACAUCAGCUACUCUUUCUGAAGAGGAGAGUCUGCAUAUAAAUAAAGAUUCCAAUAUUUUAAGAAAUCCAGAAGCCAAUCCAGAAGAAGCUAUGGUUUCUUAUCAGAAUACAAAAGCAAACACUGAUGAAGAAAUAACAAAAUUGACUGAUAGUGCAAUCAACAUAGAAAAAAAUGUAUUGGAAACUAAAUCCAGACAGAUUGAAAGUUUAUCUGACUAUCCAGCAGCCAAAGUCCAAAGAGUAACUGAAGACAGGAGUGGAGAAGAUUUAGAAGUCAUUAGUAUAUCUCAGAAGCCAAAGAAACCUAUUGGUAUUGUAGCUUGUGAAGCUCAGUGUGAGAUUUAUACAAAUCUUUGCCUGACACACAAAGAGAUGGAAAAAGAUGAACCAGAGGUGGCGACCAGUGGGGUAGAACACACUCAGGAAUCAAAAGCACUUGUGCAUUUUGGGAGCCAAUUUGAAACAAGCAGCUUUUGCCAAAAAGAACAAAGUGAGAAAACAGAAAUAAGUAUUUAUUCACCAGAGUUGUCUGUUUCUCCCCAAACCACUCCUGUGUGUUGCCCCACAACAGUUUUUAGUCAGAAUACUUCAGGCUUCCUUGAUGUUUGUGAGGGGCUUUUGCAGAUGAACAGCUUAAUAGGAAAUGCAUUUAAUGUAGAGGAAGUAUCUGCAACAGUACUAAUCACAGGUAGGCAGGGAAAAGUUCUGGCAAAACAUGAAAAUGAAGGACAAGUAAAUUCUAGCAAUUUAACUGAACAUGGUGUACCCAGCUGUCUGCCCCAGGAAGACAAGGUUAAUGAAUACGAAGUGACUGAGAGUGAAGAACAAACUAACAUGACAAAUACCAAGGGGCUGAUUAUUACAAGGCAAGAAGUCAUACACACAGAUGAAAAUGUUUUAUUUACUGGAGAGUCUCCAGCUCUACAUCAGGUGUAUUGUGACAGUGACAACAACAAAGAGGAAAUUUUGAAUCCAUUUAAGAUCCCCGAAAAGUACCUGACAGCUUCAAGACUAGAACAGAACAUACUGUUAGAAGAUGAUUCAGAAUUCCACACUCCUACUGAAAUGACUGAAGAUGGUGACUCAGUGGACUCUGUUACGGAUACAAGAAAUACAGCCAUGAAUGAUAUUGAUGUAUGUGACUGUACAGUUGAUGAUAGUAUUGGCAUUGACCAAUAUAGAACUGAGCAAGAAUUUAAAAGUCUUCACAUUAAAGAGGACAGAUACACGUACAUUAAUUGCUCUAUGCAAUAUCCUGAGCCUGGUGCUUCAGAAAGCUUGAAUGUAAGCAUUGUUAGAAACAGACCUGAUAUUUGUGACUUGAACCCAGUAGGCUACAGAGUUGAGGAGGACAAAGUGCAUUCGAUGAACCUAGAACACAUGGCCAAAACAGACAAAGAGAAGCAGAUGUUUGUAGACAACACAGAGGAGGUAGAACUGAACAAAAACCAGAAUGAACUAUUCCCUGAAAACAAAGACAGCUGCCAAAUGACACAUGAUGACAGCAGAUUAAAUGAAAUCUUAAGAGAAAGCCAGUGGAUGUCUACCAGCUUUUCUAGUAAAACUGAAGAUAUCGGCAAGCAACAAAAUCCACCAGCAGCACUGAACUCUACUGAAAAAACCUGUGAAGGUUCACUUAAAGAGUCCCCAUGCCACUCUAUAAAUCACCUUUUAUAUCUUGGAGUAAGUGAUGAUUCCCAUCUCAUUCAAGAUGUUCCCACUGCAUUGAACAGACACACAAAACCAUCUAACAGCAGUGCUGGAACUCGUGCUGUUCUGCCUUAUUAUGAAACAUUAAUGGAGAGCGAGGUCUGUGUUGAUACACCUGCUACAGGCAACAAAACGGAAGAAGACAAGUAUCUUUCUGAUAAAACACAGAGUAAGACUGUAGGUUUUCUGCAAGCCAGGACCACACAGGACGGGCAAGAGGACGAAUGCUUCGUAUUUAGUGAUAUGUCUGAUUAUGCCCUGUGUGGGCAACCUGUCAGUGAGAAGAGCAGCUCCUCCACUCCCAGCAGUGCAGGGGGUCACCAGCCUGAAUCUGUGGCAAUUCAGCUAGGGGCCAAAGGAAGCUCAGUUGCCUUGGAGAAAUUUGAGUCUUCUGAAGAUAUAAUUCAGGAUGUUGACCAUAUUCAUGAAGAACACAGUGGGAAUUUAAUGGCUAAUAAAAUACAAAAAGACUGCCUUGAUUUCAUAGAAGAUACAGGUCAAGAGGAAAAGCAUAGCAUUGUGCCUGUUUCACUGCUCUUGGAUAAUUCAAAUCUGCUUUCUUCUUCAGAGAAAGAAGGGAUGGAAGAUAUACAGAGGGGAAAAAUGCCUUCUUUGCUAGAAUCUUCUCCCCAAAAGAUGUUUCACAACAUCAAAACAACUCAGAAAGUAUUUCACUCAAGGAGUUUAUCACAGCAUGAUGAGAAGGGGAAAUUUUUAAGCACAAGUUAUAUUACAGCAAACAGGAAAAAUGAAAAUGCAGAGUUUCCUGGUGUAGCUGGAUGUCAUCAUGAGCCCAGAGAGAGUCAGGGACAUGGGACUUCUGCAGAGUGCUGCGUAGACCAACUAUGCAGCACUGUUUCUGAGACCACUUCAACCCUUUCAGAAGGUCUGAACAAGUCUCAACAGGAAAAUCCACAUUCUAGUAAAAAGUUUCUAAAUUAUAAUAGGAACUCUGACACUUCUGGGUGUUCUUCUGGUCUCCUGAAUCCUCCAGCAUCAUUUGCAGAUGUUUUGAUUACUAGCUAUGGAGACAAAGGUAAAAAUGAUGCUGUUCCGUCUGAAGAAACAAAGUACUUUGAAAGUGAAUCAACUGGUUUAAAUGUACCUGUAACUUUUCCUGAUGUUUCUCAAAAAGGAGAUGAAAGGAAAAAUAAUUCUGCAGUUGCAGAGGCCGCAUAUGCUCAGAAUGAUAGACUACCUGAAAAAGUUGUGGGAACAGAUCAAAAGGGAAAAAAAAUACAAGGUUCUGUCCAGAAUUGCAAUGAUAUAGAAGAAAAUAAAAGUAAUGAAUACCUUGAACACAACAGUAACACUUCUGUGCUGACUCUACCAGGAUUAGACUCCUUUACUUUUCAGAGGCGAGGACAGACUGACAGUAAAGAAUCACAGCCUCUUCCAUCCUACUUUGCAGAAGACACUCCAACUGAUACACCAUUUCAAAGCUCCAAGAACCUCAGUGCUUUCAACACUUGUUGUUUGCCUGAUGACAUUAAAUCUCUCCUAUUUAGUCAGCCCGAGAAUUCACUUCAAGACACUUCUCUGACUGAGCAAGUCUCCUCCAGUUCUGCAGAAGUGUGCUCUGUAAAAGAAGGAAUUUUUCCCCAAGCAUUUGCAAGUGUCAAUCACCCAUCCUUGACACUGUUUUCAGAAUCUUCUUUAACUGCAGACACAGGCCAUGGUGAAACUGGCACGUAUGAUGUUUCACAUACAAAUACAUUGCAACAUCCUCCAUUAGCUGUUUUGCAAAUACAGGACACUCAGUCUGAUAAGGCUGUGGUAUUCGAUGAGCCAGUCCAUGCCUCAGGAAGUAUUUUACUUUCUCUUGCGAAAGAAAACAGGCAUUGUCCAGUAUCGGACACAGAAUCUGCUUCAUAUGAACAUUUGGCUGUAGAUGGGGAACCUGUGUAUGGAAGUCCUGGUAAAAAAAUUGGCAAUGCUAUAAAAGUUGAUCAGCACCACUGGGGAAAAGUUCCACCACAAGAAGCUUGCACAGACCACACAGAUAAAGUACGAGCCAGUAGAGAUUCUAUUUUAUUACCAUCACUACCUUUCUGGGACACUGGAAGGGCAAUUGCUGUUAAAGAGGGACAAAUGAGAAAGCUAAACAAAAAAAAUACGAGUUCUGAAAAGCCUGCAGAUCUGCAAGACUGUCAGUACAUGCCUACAGGUGAAGAGGUAGAACAGGUGCCAGAGAGAACAAAUCCAGAUGAUAGAAAAGUGAUUUUAGUUUGCAAAAAUAAUACAAGUUCAAGUGCUGACAGGCCUACUGAUGAUGCUGAUGCAGACAGUCAUUCAACAAGGGGCGAUGCUAUAAUGAGGAAUAAGACUCUGAAAUCAGAGAGGCUGAAAUUUUCCAUAAUGAAUAAUCAAAGUACCUCCCUAAAGUUUUUACCAGAAAACCAUGAUUUACCUCCUCAAGAAUCCAAACUGGUACAUUUCAGGAGCAAAAGAUCAUAUUCUACUACACGCAAUACAAAGAGCUGUAAACAAAGUGAGCAAAGACCUUAUUUACAAAGUCACAGACUAUCAGCUCCAGCUAUUGCUGUGUUCUCUGAUCUACAAUUUACUUUGGAAGCUUCAUCUAAGGCAGAUUCUUUGUUAUAUUCUGCGUCUAAAUCACUACAAGAUUUAAAUAUGAGUGUAGAGCCUCCAUCACCAACUGAAGAUGAUCUUCAUGGAAUUGAAAGAUUUUCAAAGCAGGAAUCGAAGGACUUUCUACAGGUUAAAUCUAAACCUAGGUUUCAGCAAAGAAUGGCACAAGCUAAGAAGCUUACAAACUUACAAAAUUUUGCAGCAAGAACCCAAAGCAGCCAGUCCUUAAAAGACUGUACUACCCGUUCUCCAUCAUCCUUGCAGCACACAGCGCAGAGUCCUGUGGGUGCAGAAGCAAAUGUCCAUUCCAAGAGUAGUUCUGUAGCUCAGUGUAGUGAAGGUAAAGUUGAAGAAGCUGGAUACCAGCCAGAAACAGAUUUAUUUUUGCAAGACAACAAAGAUGCAAUGCGUUUUAGUUCAAGUGAUAUCAACCCAUAUACUCGUCCAUGGCAGCAAGAGGGAUCAUGCAAGAUUGGCUGGAAACAGUAUGUUUUUGGAAGUGCAAGUGAUGUCUCUUGCAAUCAAAUUCCUAUAAACCUGGAAAAUCAUAAAGUAAUGAGAUGUUCCAGUGUAGACAAUGGACUGAACUUGCAAAAUUCUCCUUUCCAUUCUCAUCUCAGCUCAUAUGCUACAGCAAAAGUUUUAUCAAGCACUUUAAGCAGCAGUGAAGGUCUUCAAGGAUGGGACAAUGCUGGACAGGAUUUUCAAUCUGCAUUCUCAAGUGAGAGUACCAAGCAAUACAGCAACAUAUCCAGCGAAACAGUAGAAACUAAUCCAGAAAAUAACACUGCUGAAUUUGAGAAUCCUUCUGCACAACGUGGUAACUCUUCAGUGCAGGUUGAUGAAAUUGUGCUAUUAUAUCCUUCAGAGUCUGAAAGGUCUUCCAAAAAACUGCCGGGGAUUACAUGUGAGCAGGGAACACAAACAGCAACCACAGGAAGGUAUAAAAGACAGAGGAGACAUCAAAGAAGCUAUACAGAUGUUUCUGCAAGAAAGCAGGAAACAAACAGGGAAUUAUUUCAUCAACCUUCUUCUUGGACAAGCAUGCAGAACCUGUCCAUGCAUCUGUCACAACUUCUUCAGAACACUUCUGAGCUGUUGGGAAACCUCUCCCAACAGACGGUUACAGAUAGCAAGCAGAAUGCCAAAAUGAACCAAAGAGGAGCUGAAGAGGCUGUAAAGACUACUAGAGCAGAUAGCUGCACUCAGACUACAGCAGAUAUAGGCACUCAAACUGAGACUUGGGAAGAACCUCAAAAUAAACAUGAAGAAAAACAAGUGGAGGUAAAAAUGGAAAAUGAAUUGAGGGCAACUCCGACAGCAAACACUGAAUGGAAAGGAAUAGGUGCAGAUGAAGUAAGUAGUAUUCCCAAAAGUAAAGAGGAAACACUCUCUCUUGAAUUAAGAACAAAAGAACAAACAGGGAUGAGAGAUCUGGGCAGUCCUGACUUCCAUGACAGUCUUGACAGCAUUUGGGAAGACUCUUUUUUGCGUCUGCCUCUCUUACACAGAACCUCCACUCCUAUCUUAGAUUGCCAAAAAACAUCAUUAAAUGCACAGCAGAAUCUUGCUUUUGCUAGUACUAGAGUUUCAUCUGUCACAUCGUAUUCUCUGAGUUCAGGGCAGGAUGGUUCCUCUUGCACUGUUGUUAGCAGCCCUACUAACAGCACCUUUCAAUCUCCAGCAUCUUGUGCUCAGGAUAAAAGAAGUGUCAAUGAAUUAGAGGUUCCGGCAGAAAGAAAAUUUUGUUACAAAAACACCCUGCUAGUCGACAGGGCCUCUUCCCCUAUUCUUACUCUUAGUGCUAGUCCCAGCAGCCAGACUACUUCUAGCAAGUCUGUCUGCCCUGCUAAGGAGUCUUUUGGAAAUUCCAAUGGUGCUUCAAGUCCCUUUCACAACCAGAGAAAGCAGAGGGCAGGUCCAUGGACCAGCAUGCAACAUCAGGUGGACAAUUUUUCACAGACAGAAGCAGACGGUGAAUCAAGUGCAUCUAGAGACAACAAGGGCGUAAGAAAGGAACCCGGAAGUCUGUCAGAUAAGAAAGCAGCCAAAGAGCUUUUAGAACAGGAUGGCUCGAAAGACUUGGAACAACAGCAUAGUCUCUUGGUUGACACUCACACCACCAUUUGUGCAAAACGACUGUACCACUCCAGUAGUAUGUUGGAGGUGUCAGACCACAGGGAAGUUUCCCCAGGUGCCCUCGGAGACCGCAGCCCGCUGGCACGGGCGCUUCGAUGUACCUAUGUCACGAGGGGAGGAAGAGGUUCUUCGGUGGGAAUAGGACAUGAAAAGUUUGUUGGAAAUGCGGACACUGCUUUGAUUCGUAACUACUCACCUCCAAAUGCUGACAUAACUUUUAAUAAAAAAGUUAGUGCCACUUGUUCAAGUAAUACAAAUGCUGGCACGUCCUCAGAAUCUCUAGUAGAAGCGUCUUCUCUACAAUUUCACAGUUCCUUCUGGAAAAAUGAGGCCACCUGCCCUCCUUCGCUCUCUGAUGUGAGUGAUGUGCAAACCUCCUUCCAAGAGGACAACACAGAUUCUGUCACUGAAAGUGAAUGUGACACUGAAGUUCCUCUCCACAAAACUACUGCUUUUGCAAAGCCUUACAGGCCUCGGAGCUACAGUCUCCGUGACUUACCUAUACACAAUAAAUUUAGCAACUGGUGUGGUGUUAAGGGCAGCCCUUCUCCUUUGUUGCUCAACUUGAGUGGCAGUGUGACUGACUUACCAAGUCAGGCAGACAGGAAACGAGCACCAGAAAUGGAAGGGAAAGCCCAGCUCAGUGACAGCCGGAGCAGAGAGAUCAAGCAGCUCCAGAAAGAGCGUGCUCAGAUCAUGUCUGGUCUUCACCUUGACCUGCAUCAGCAGCCCCUCACCGUGGAACUGGCCGAAGCAAAGCUCCAUUAUGGCAUUGGGGAGACAGAUGCCUUGCUGAGGGUCCUUCAGAGCGGGACUGCAGAGGACCUGGUGGCCACUCCAGUAAAGCAGCAACUCUAUGAAAGACACAUGAGAACUAUUGAAACUCUGAGGAAGGAAAGAGAAAAAAGGCUGCAAAGAUACCAAAGAAGCCGAAGUCUGAGUCCUCAGAAGCAUUUGAGUCUGUUGCAGACCCUGGAUGCAAGUCAGAGGGAUCUAGAUCUCCCCAGCAGACGCCGAGAAUAUCUGCAACAACUGAGAAGAGAUGUGGUGGCAAAUACCAGAGUUCAAGGAUCAAAAAGAAGAAGCCUUCAGCAUCCUUCAGACAUUGAGGUGUUGCUCCGAGACUACCAGAGGGCUCGAGAGGAAACCAAAAAUGAAAUUGCACGAGCGAGGGACAAACUUCGGGAGAGAGCAGAGCAAGAAAAGAGGCGAAUACGGGAGCAAAUAUUUUCUCAGCUACAGAAGGAAGAAGCAAGGCUGAAGACUCUUGCCAGUACAAGCACUUUAUGUACAGACUCCAGCCUCAGCCUCUCCUCUGGCCCAACAUCAGGUUACAACAGCAGUAACACGGCUGUGUACACUGCAAGUAACCUCAGCAGCCAGGAAGGACAGACUUCCACUGGAAAUGCUUUGCUUUCAAGAGAUACACGAGGUCGUUCAGCUCUUAGAAACAGUCAGCUUUAUGUGUUAGAGCAACUACAGAAGGAUACAUUUGAAACCAGCAGAAUUCAGCCACCCCCUCCUUCUAGUAGCAUCAGCUGUAGGUUCACUCAUGGAUUAACUAUUCCAGUCAGCUCCUCUUCAACAAAAGGGUACCAAGAUUUAUCCAAACACAUCUUGGCUAAUGCUACCACUGAGGUAAUGGCAGCAUGCUCUAAUAACCUGAGGAAUCUCUACACAUGCCAAGCAGCAGCUGGUUGGAAAUAUCAAUGUACAGAAAAGGAAGUGCUGGUUUACUAUAAAGUCUUCCCUUCAGCAACAAGGCAUGGGUUCCUGGGAGCAGGAGUGAUAGAAAGACCUCUGCCCUCUGUGUGGGGACUAGUGAGAGAUCCUGGCAAAAGGCUCCUGUACGACAGGACUAUCAACACAGCCCGAAUACACAAGAAGGUAACCAGCCAUAUUCAGCUGGUAUAUUUAGUGACUGAUAGCUCCCUAUGUUACUUGAAGCAGCCUCGGGAUUUCUGCUGCAUUACUGUAGAAGCUGAAGAGGAGAACUUGUCUGUCUUGGCUAUUCAGUCUGUCUAUGAUGCAUCUAUGCCUCACCCUUGUGAAGAAGUGGUGAGAGGGGAGAUUUUGCCAAGCGCUUGGAUAUUGGAACCUGAUGUAGUGAAUGGAAGAGAUAUCACCAGAGUAAUUUACAUGGCACAGGUGGAUCUCGGAGCCCCGGCCAUCCCCACAAGGCUCCUGAGCUCCAUAGCUAAGCGACAGCCUCUGGUGAUUGCUCGACUGGCACACUUUCUUGCUAGCUAG